AUGCCUACCAAGAGUGAAAACGGCUUUCCAAGCUCCACAGGAAGCAUUGCUCCUCCCCCUAGCUCGCAGAGCAUCAAUGGCCCGAACGAUGGAACACGAUCUCAACCAUGGCGAACGCAUUGGCCGGCAAGACCAGUAACUACGACCACAGAAGAAACAGGAUUUGAUGAAGACGGAAUACAUUAUGGAUUCGAAAAGGGGGAGAAGAUCAUCAUAUAUGAUACAGAGUUUGGCCUACUACUUUACCCAGUGGCCGAGAGUGCAAAGCCAAGUUUUCAUGUUAAAAAGGCUAGGGGUCCCUUAGAAAGUUGGAGCCUUAGGCAUAUCAUUCACGCCUGCCUGACCUGA